AUGUGCGCCUUGGACUUUAUGACAAACAGGAAAUUGAAAAAGCUGAAACGCAACGGGAAAGUGUCUCGGUGUGAAUGCCUGCUGAUGUACCAAAUGAUAACCAACUCUUUGCUCACCCUUGUUAACACUAUUGGCUACUUUGCUUUGGGUUUCUUUCUCCAGAUGUUCAUCGGCUAUAAUUUGAACUACCUGUUUGGUGAAACGAUCGUUCUAAUACAGGCGCUGUUCUUCAGCCUAUUCGCCAGUAUAAUCAGUGCUUUGUGCCUUCGGAAACGACCCGGAAAAGCACGAUCAGAAAACGGCAGAACAGUCAUUACGGUCGCCAGUGCACCAGCAUCAAUGAUGCAU